ACUUUACCGGAAGUGUCAUCUUCGUACUUGUAUUUGUAACAAACGUUAUCAAAGAACUUUAAUAAAUAACCUUUAUAUGCUUCUAAAUAAAGCAUAAUUAAUAAAUAUACACAAUUCUUAUGCAUUAAAUUGGCCGUGAUCAACUAGAAGCUAUGAGUGAAAGUAAAGUGCACGAUGAAGUAUCACUGUUUAUAAGAGAGGCAGGUUUACGUGUAAGGACAACAGUCAUAGUCAUAGCGCACGCAACAACUCUAUAUCGUAAAUUCUUUAGUAUAUAUUCACAAGAGAAUUACGAUGUAUAUACGGUUGCUGUUGCUUGCUUAUACCUAUCCGGAAAAGUGUGUGAAGAAUCGGUGCGCCUACGAGAUGUCAUAAACGUUUCUUAUAAAAUUUUACAUCCUGACAAAGAGGCUUUGCAACUAGAUGAUACAUAUUGGAAGUUACGAGAAUCCGUUACGAAAAUGGAACUCCAAGUCCUCAGAGCUAUCGAGUACGAAGUGGAUGUGGACCUUCCUCAUAAUUAUCUGUUAUACUUUGCGAAAUCGCUUUUAUCGUGGCUUCCGCCUGGCGUUGUAUCUAGAGUACCCUUAGUGAAAACUGCAUGGUCAUUAUUGCAGGAUAGUUAUGUAACAGAUAUCUGUAUGAAAUACCCUUCUCAGCAUAUUGCUGUCUCUUUAUUUUAUGCAUCUCUAUGUGUUCAUGGUAUUCAUGUUCCUUUAAAUGAAUCUGCAAAAGUCGAAUGGUGGAGUGCUUUAUGUGAAGACAUAACUAUGAACGAUAUCAAGACUAUUAUUCGUAAGGUAUUUCGUGCUUACGGAAGAGAAUCACCGUGUCUCAACUAA